ACUUUGAUGCAGGAAACAUCUGCAUUUGCUUUGGGUGCCAACGUGUCUGUGUGGAACGCCUUUGUAUUUGAGAUUGUAAUGACUUUUGGCCUGGUUUACACUGUGUACGCCACCGCGAUUGACCCGAAGAAGGGAGAAGUUGGCAUUAUUGCACCAAUUGCAAUUGGUUUCAUUGUGGGUGCCAACAUUCUUGCUGGUGGGGCAUUUACUGGUGCUUCAAUGAACCCUGCAGUGUCAUUUGGCCCUGCUCUGGUUAGCUUCACCUGGACCCAUCACUGGGUAUACUGGGCUGGACCUCUAAUUGGUGGUGGACUUGCUGGUAUUGUUUAUGAAGUCUUCUUCAUCAGUCAUUCUCACGAGCCACUGCCCGGAUCGGAGUACUGAGUAAUUAAAUGAAAAGCAGCUGGCUAUUUUAUGCUGCUUGGUGAGAUGAUAUAAUUAAGUUUGUUCUCUUAGUUAUCUCAUUUGUACUCGGUAAUUCUUGUUCAACGUGUAUCUGUAUUUGCCACUACUCUUUAUAUUCCCAAUUUUAUUUUUAGAGUAUAAUAUAUUAAAUUUAUGUGAAAACGAUUGCAAUAAUUUUA